UGCCAUGGCGGAACGGAAACGAUCGAUGACUGCCAUCUUGGCAUGGCGGAUUGUCCCAGUCUCACAGACAAACUGGAAAACCACUAGUAACUGACUGAAGUUGAUGUGGAGUUUCACGGGCGUAAAUUACUAUUUUCGAUGUAAAUAAUCCUCCAGAAACCAAAGACCCUUACCCGAAACGAAUUGUGCGUUGUUUGUAUGAGCUGGUGCAGCAUAAAGACUCUCUCGUGAGUGCGUUCGCUUGAAUUGCUAGGUAGAACUUUUGUGUCGAAGAGGCGGAGUGAGAGGAGUAGGAGGUGAGGUUCUGGUGGUGAAAUUUACGAGGGAGAGUUGAUUUGGAAGCUGAAUUGGCGGCGAGUUGCGGAGUACUGGUGGUGAGUUAUGGUGUCAAAGCAUUGGCUGGAGGUCGAGCCCAUGGAGUGUAAUGGAGAGGCGCAAGAACGCAAGCAGCGGUGGAUUUUGGUAACUGGAGGCGCCGGCUACAUCGGCACCCACACCGUCUUGCAGUUAUUGAUGGAGGGAUACUGUGUUGUGAUAAUUGACAAUUUGGAUAACUCCUGUGAAGAAGCCCUGCAUCGCGUGCGCAAGUUAGCGGGCGAAUUUGGAGAGAAUUUGAAGUUUGUUAAGGGGGAUCUUUGUAAGGUGGAAGACGUACUUAAGGUGUUCAAGCUUCACAGGUUCGAUGCUGUCAUUCACUUUGCAGGCCUGAAGGCUGUAGGAGAAAGUGUGUCGAAGCCUUUGCGUUACUACAGCAACAAUCUAAUAAGCACCAUUAAUCUUAUGGAUGUCAUGUCCAAGAACAACUGCAAAAAUCUUGUGUUCUCAUCUUCAGCAACAGUGUACGGACAACCGGAGUGCGUACCUUGUACAGAGGACUAUCCACUCCAUGUCAUGAAUCCUUACGGCCGCACCAAGCUUUUUAAUGAAGACAUUAUGCGUGAUGUUCAUCAUGCGGAUUCAGAAUGGAAGAUUGUGUUAUUACGAUAUUUCAAUCCGGUGGGGUCCCACCCGAGUGGUGAGAUUGGUGAAGAUCCCAUGGAUUAUCCCAACAAUUUGAUGCCCUUCGUGCAACAAGUUGCAGUGGGUCGUAGAGAAAUGCUCACUGUCUUCGGCAAAGAUUACAAAACCCGUGAUGGAACUGGGGUCCGAGAUUACAUUCAUGUCAUGGAUUUGGCAAGUGGUCAUACGAAGGCUCUGGACAAACUCUUCACAACUCCCGACAUAGGAUGUGCAAUUUACAAUUUGGGAACAGGGAAAGGCACCACUGUGCUUGAGAUGGUGGCAGCAUUUGAAGAAGCAUCUGGAAAGAAAAUUCCAUUGAGAUUUGCAGGUCGUCGUCCUGGCGACUCCAGUGAGGUCUUUGCUUCAACUGAGAAAGCAGAAAAGGAGUUAGGUUGGAGAGCCAAGUUUGGCAUAAAAGAGAUGUGUCGUGAUCAAUGGAAUUGGGCAAAAACGAACCCGUAUGGAUAUCGAGGCCAACAAGAACUGGAGGUCACCACACAGAAAUCCAUGAGUAAUGGACAUCGAAAACUGUAGUGGUUGUCACUUUGAACGAAUGAUCACAUGGUGUUGUGUAAACUCACUUUUAUACAAAUGCGAACAAUAGAAAAGAAAAGACCAGAUUUUUUUUUAAGGAUUGGAUCAGAUUCGAUCUUAUGCAUUUCUCUGUCUCGUAAUAGCCAUCGAGACUUUGACAUAGAGAUAACUCCCUUCAUGGUAGUUAGUAAUAACAUAAUUUACUCCUAAACUUGGGGCUAGUCUACUGAAACAUUGAACCUGAUUUAUGGAGCAAAGGUGCCUAGUUUCGAAUAUGGCAGGUGAAGCACUUGAAACUAGGAUGAUACGUUUAACUUUCGGCAAGUAGCAUUUGAUUCUUUGUACAUAAAGAGAUCAUCAGUAUCUGUGGAGCUGCUGCGUGAAUUCCAGAUUCAAUAAAGUGUAACAGACGCAGUUCAUGAUUCUUGUGGAAUUGCUGGUUUCAGAAAAA